AUGCUUCGCGCCGCUCCGCUCCUCGUCGCGGUCGCCGCGGCCGCGCGGCCGUACUGCAAGGAGCCCCACGCGGACCAUCUCCAGGCGCACCGGGUGCCCACGGACUACAAGCUCGCGCUCCUGGGCAUCUACUACAACGACGUCGAGGGGGAGGACCGGCCGACGGAGGCCGACCUGCGCGCGUGGUACCACAACGACGCCGCCGUGGCCUACCUCGAGGAGGUCAGCGACGGCUGCCUCGACGACAUGACCGUCGAGUUCUUCGUCGCGGAGAACGGCAUCGGCCACGGCCUCGGCGCCGGCUGCGACGACGACGAGUUCUUCAAAGAAACGUACAUCGCGGCGCCGACGAACGGCGGCGGCCGCGCCUUCAACGCUUCGGACUACGACGGCAUCGUCGUGUUGCCCCUGGGCUACUGCACGACGAGCGCGUGGGCGGGCGCCAUCGCGCUCCACGUCGACGAGCGGACGGAGGAGUUCUCGGGCGUCUACAUGGGCCGCGACCUCGGAGGCCCCGGCUGGCGGAGCGCGGGCGACGGCGACGACGCCUGCGAGGACGACGCGGCGUGGAGCGCCGGGUCCGUCGACUGCGCCUACAUCGCCGAGGACCCGGCGGCGCGCUGCGGCGACGUCGAGGCGGCGGCGGCGUGCCCGGACUGGACCUUCGACUACGCGCAGUACGAGAACACGAUGACCGCGACGAUCCUGCCGAAGAUCGGCGGGACCAACCAGGUCGAGGGCGCGCUCUCGGCGUGGAUCGACGGCGAACGCCACGCGCAGUCGGGCGGCACCGACGUGCUGCCGUUCGGCCCCUACGCCGGCCAGUCCGUCCACCAGGCCAUGAUCUACGGCGGCGCGGCGCAGGAGGACGGAGCGAUCGUCUGGAAGCUCUGCGUCGACGGCGCGAUCUACGCGAGCGUCGGCUCCGCGGAAACGUUCCAGGCCGACGAGACGCUCGGCGACGCGACGAGUCCCACCGUCGUCGACUUCGUCAAGGAGACUCCCGAGGCGAAGUGCCCGAAGACGUGCGGCGCGUGCUCCGCGCUCGCCUCCACCUACAUGCACGAGCUCUUCCACAUGAUGGGCGCGCAGUACCACGCGACGGGCCUCGUCUGCCACGAGCCCGAGCGCGACUUCCAGGACCUGCUCCACCGCUGCGCGGACACGAACUACGGCGACUUCUACGACGUCAUGGGCUCGGGCAACGGCUUCGCGCCGAACCUCCAGGCGGCGAUCCGCUACGACAUGGGCUGGAUGGGCAAGGACGACGUCGAGUUCGUCGAGACCAGCGGCGAGUACGCGAUCUACCCGCUCAACGGCGGGCCGGGGUCCCACAACCGGACCGAUCCCAAGAAGCGCGCGCUCUUCUUCGCCACGGGGCCGGGCGUGCCCGUGCACCUGACGCUCGAGUGGCGCACGCACCACGACGCGCCGGGCGUCAGCGCCGCCGUCCUCGAGCGGAACCCGGGCUUCUUCGUGCGCUCGGGCACCGCGCUCGUCGACGCGGACGUCGCGUCGUGCGAGCCCUUCGGCGACGACGAGAAGCUGCGGACGACGCUCCUGCCCGACGCGGCGCUCGUGCUGCACAUGGACGGGACCGUCGUCAAGGCCGACAAGGAGGGCCCGCGCGACGACGGGACCAUGGCCGUCGAGAUCCGGUUCACCGGCGAGCGCCAGGAGUACUUCGGCGAGUACUACAACUGCGGCAGUUACGGCUCGUGCGCCGGCGACGGCGGCGACGGCCAGUACUGCGACGCGGGCGCCUGCGGCGACCACGGCGCGUCGCUCCGCGUCCCGAAGCGCCUUUCCCGCAACUUCUGGGCUCCGUUCUAUACGUGCCACGACGAGUGCCUCGACGAGACGAAGGUGUGCGACGACUACGACUUCCGGGGUCACCCGUCCGUGGGCUACCCGCUCACGCCCGACGCGACCAUGGACAGCGGCUACGCCUACCCCUGCUGGGACAAGGACCUCGGCGACGUGCCCGCGGACCUGCGCGACGCGUGCUCCCAGAUGUUCCAGGGGCGCUGCACGGCCGGGACGCGCUUCGCGCGCGUCAGCCACCACCACAUCUCGCACCUCGCGAACGCGGACCGCGACCCCGGCUGCCACGGCGACGAGGGCGAGUUCGACAUCGAGCUCGUCGCGUCGACUCUCGACGGGGUCGGCUUCGAGGUGCAGCAGGACCCCUCGUGGUAUUCGUGGUUUCCGAUGCGCCGGCUGAACAUGGCGCCGGGCGACGGCCGCCAGGUCCACUUCGCCUACGGCAUCCCCGACGCCACGCCCGACGGCACCUACGACAGCUGCAUCUCGAUCACGAACACGUUCACGGGCCUGCGCAAGGGCUUCCUGCACCGGCUCACGCUCGGCCAGCCCUUCGACGAAUUCCGCCACAACCGCCUCGCGAGCUUCGGCCCCGUCGACUACGACGGCGACGGCGACGUCAGCGCCGGCGAGCAAGGGCUUUUCCUGGCGAUCGAGGCCGCCUGCGACGGUCUGGCCGGCUGCGCGCCCGGCUACCCCGACUGCGAGUGGGACUGGCAUCCCGACUUCUGCCACGUCGAGGACGAGGUCGCCUGCGACGGCGCGGACGCGGCGCUGGGCACGGAGGACCGCUGCUGGGAGGCGUCGUGGUCGCCGGACGACGCGGCGCACUACGCCUCCCGCGGGCGCGACCAGUGCGAGAACCUCGGCGCGUUCUGCAAGGGCGGCGCGAAGAUCCUCGAGGCCGAGGCGUGCGACGACCCGCUGCUCAUGCCCUGCAAGAACCAGGAGUUCUGCUUCCAAGACACGACGGCGUGGACGGAGCUCGGCCGCACCUACGACUACGCCGGCCGCGUCGUCUCGGCGCUCGACUACGACGCGGACGCCUCGCUCGAGCCCUGGGCGACGCCGGGGCCGUGCCAGACGGCCUGGACGCUCGACCCGCUCCGCGACGCGCUGCCGACGGCGCCCGUGGGCAGCAACUUCCUCUGCGGCGAGGACGGCGCGGGCGGCGCCAACUCGCUCCACGGCACGGCCUUCUGCGAGCACACCGCGAGCAAGGCGGACGUCGACGCGCUCGGCUGGACGUGGCCCGAGGAGACGGCCGCCUUCCCGCACGCGCGCUGGGCGGGCUUCAUCCAGGAGGGCCACGCGUGCUGGGCCCAGGGCGAGCCCGACGUCGAGUGCGCCAAGCGCCUCUGCGAGGAGACGGACGAGUGCGGCGGCCUGACCGUCGGCUGGGUCGAGAAGGACGCUCCCAUGUCGGCGCCCCCGGAAGAGCGCCGGGGCCGGCCGUUCUUCGUCUACUUCCUCCAGCGGGGCCUCAUCGGCCGACCGGACCUCGACAGUUUCAACAACUGGAACAAGCGCGGCGAAGGCUCGGGGAGCACGGAGAUCGCCUGCCUCUACAAGCCGCAGGCGUCGUCGACGGCGGACGAAUGUACGUGCUUCGGCGUCUACCUCGACGGCACGUCGCCGAUCGUCCCGUCGGGCGCCUGCCCCAAGCCGACGCCCGCGCCGUCGCCCGCACCGAUUAGCGAUACGACGACGACCACGACGAUGACGACCACGACGACGACGGCCGCGCUCUCCGCCGCACCGACGCCCGCGCCGACCGGCGACGCGGCCGCCGCAACGUGCGAAGACGACGCGGACUGGCUCGCGCAGUCGAACAAGAAGGCGAAGAAAAAGUGCGCGAAGAAGACGACGAAGAAGAAGUGUAAAAAAAAGUGCGCGUGGAUCGAGGGCGCGUGCGUCGAGAAGCUCCAAACAUGCGAGGACCUCUUCUACAAGAAAGGAAAGCCCCAAAAGGAAGGCGCUAAGCUCGUCAAAACCUGCAAGAAGCAGGGCACGAUCGGCGGCGCGACUUCGAAGAAGGCCAGCGCCGCCUGCCAGAAGGCGUGCGGCACGUGCGACGACGUCGGCGCGGUCGUCAGCGCGACGACGACGACCGCCGGCUUCACCGAUCUCGGAGAGUGGUGCGCGGACUCCGGCACCCAGCUCUGCAAGAUGCAGUGCGAGGUCCCGGACUGCCCGAUCGGCGAAUGCGCGAUGCGCCAAGGCACCUGCUGCGACUACACGUGCAAUGGUCCCUCGUGCGAGUCGAAGAGGGGCCGCGACUCCUUGUCCUGGCACCGGAAAGACGCCCCGACGAAGACCUGCAAGUGGGUCGAAAGGAAGCCGACGACGCGGUGCCGCAAGAAGGGCGCGACCGGCGCGCGGGCCGUGGCGGAGUGCGUCCGCGCCUGCGCGUCGUGCCCCUCCGAGGGCGCGUGCGCGGACGACGCGACGUGGUACCACACCAACAAGAAGAACAAGAAGCUCGACUGCGUCAGCGUCGCGCGGAACCCCGCGCGCCGCUGCGGCAUGCCCGGCGCCAAAGCGGCCUGCCCGGCGACCUGCGGCACGUGCUGAGUACGCAGCCCGAGAGCCCCGCGCCGAACGCGCGGGGCCGAACAAGAACCCCUUCCCCCGACGCGCUAAAAGACGCCACCU